AUGACUUACUCCGUCCUCAUCAUCGGAUCCACAGGCAACAUUGGGUCUAAGAUCUCUAAAGAACUAGCUGCUCAUAAAUCAGAACUCAAGCGAGUUGCGUUCCUUACAGCAGUUGCGGAUGCAGGACCGGAGAAGGAAGCUAAAUAUGCCGCUAUCCACCUUGAACGUAUGGUCGGUGGUCUUUCGGAUCCGGCUUCAUACAAAGGCUUCGAUAUCGUGAUAUCAGCCGUUGGGGAUGACCUGUGUGCCCAGCAAGCGGAAUUCGCGGAUGCUGCAUUUGCUGCUGGUGUGAAACACUUCUAUCCCGCAGAAUGUAAGGAUCAUUCCUUAUGGUGCCGAUCUGUCACACGCAAAACGGCCCCUGAAGCAUACUUCGUCAACAAAAUAGCUACUCGUAAGUAUCUCGAGGAGCGAGUUAAAGCCGAUCCUUCGCUGGGUUAUACAUAUAUCCUAGUCGGGCUGUUCACGGAUAUCUUCCUGUGGUUCAACGUCCUUGGGUUAUCUCAGGAUCGAAAGUCUGCCCUCUUUAUCGGCGAUCCGGAUGCCAGAAUCUCAACCACACUGAGUGACGACGUAGCAAAGGUUGUGGUUGCUUCGUUGCUGCGACCACAUCUGUCAUCGUUAGGAGGGGGUCGUACGGUAAGAUUCUCCGGAACUACAUUGACUACCACCGAGCUUUUCUCCACGGUAGAGAAGGUGUUAGGACAUCCGAUUGUAGUCAAGUACUUGACGGAGGGGGAAUCAUAUGGCUUUGCCAAGGAGCAAAAGGAGGCGGGUAAUGCCUUCUUGUCGAAGUUUUCCUCGGCGAUGAGGUCGAUUGGGUUUGGAGGUGCGGAGAUGAUUGGUGAUGAUAAUAACCAGUACCCAGAGAUUGUGCCUUCGAGUUGGGAAGACGCUGUUAAGUCGUGGUGGGCUGUGGUUGGAAAAUAG